AUGGAAACAGCCCGCCACCUUCAAACCUCCCUCUCCUCCCAAUCCAUCCCCACCCCGUCCCUACAAUGGCUCUCGGACCUAGUCUCCUCACGCUCGCAGCGCACUACAGCGCCACCGCCACCACUCGCCUCCUUGCUAGCAACGGCUCGCGCGCGGCUGCUGGCCGCUGACCUAACCACGCCGGGGCUUUUAGACGCCGGGUACGCGUCGGCGCACGCGCUGCCAGAAGGGUUACAGCUGAGCGGCGUGACGCGGCGCGAGUCGCGGCUCCCGCACGACGUGGUGGUGCAGGUGCUCGAUCUCGAGGACGUGAGCCGGUCCCGCUGGGAGCAGGUCGAGGAACUUGAGGCCAUCCAGCGCGGCGAGGGCACUAGGGGCAGGGAGGUCAUUCGGUUACCUGAGCAGCGGCAGCAACGGCAAGGGCAGAGCGCUGGCGGCAAGAAUUCCACGCACAAGCUGGUGGUGCAGGACUGCAAAGGGCAAAAGGCGUAUGCGCUCGAGUUGAAGCGGGUGGACAGGAUCGCGGUUGGGAAAACGAGUAUUGGGGAGAAGAUACUGCUCAAGGCGGGGACUACGGUGGCGAGAGGGGUGUUGAUGCUCGAGCCGGGGCAGUGUGUGGUGCUUGGAGGCAAGGUUGAGGCAUGGCACCGGGCGUGGGUUGAUGGGAGACUGGCGAGGUUAAAGGAGGCAGCGGCCGCUGAUGGUGCCGAGAGUGGCUAGCGUUGCUUCAACGGACAAGACGUCUAGUGUUGAUACCCAUGGUUUUCUUUUGUCUAACCUAAUUGUGCAUCGCAUG